ACCAGGGCUCGAGCCCGUGUUCCCUGCGUUGGCAGGCGGAUUCCCAAUCACUGCGCCACCAGGGAAGCCUCAACUUCAUUUCUGACUUCUAGUAUUCACAUCCAGUUCUUUCUUCCCCACAAAUUUUUAUUAGUAAAUGAUUUAUAAACGCAAAAGGUUACAGGUGAGAGCAUAUCAUCCAUACAUUAAUUUACCCAGAAAAUAUUUAUUCAGCGCCCAUGUCAGGGAGCUUUCUAGGUACAGGGCGUUUACAGUUUAUUGGGGAGGACAGGAAAAAAAAAAAAAGGUACAGUAGAUCAGAUAGUGCAAAGAGUUAUGGAGAAAAAUAACAGAGGAUAAGGUUAUUUGUUAGGUUAGGUGUGUGUUUGCGAGGAUGGGGAGGGGGUGAUGCUAUUUUCUGCAAGGGGGUCAGGGACCGGCUCUCUGACAGGUGGUUUCUGAACAUUGCAGGCACUGGGACCGGCAAAUGCAAAGGCCUAGAGUCAGGAGAGUGCUGGGCCGGCAAGAGAGGGCCUGUGUGGCUGGAAAGGGGCGUGCAGAGAGCAGAGGAGCGGGACAUGACUUCGGAGAGCAAGUGCGGCCCCCCGGCCAGGAUGCCCGCGCUCUACCCAGCCCUACCGGGUCCUUGGCUGCGCGCCGCACCCAACAUGGUGGCCGCGCGGGACUCGCCCGCGAGAUAGCGGAAGUGCGUAUCGGCGGGCGCCGGAAGUAGAGAGCGGCCCGCCCCUGCCCCGGGUCUCUGUGGAGCCUCUGACGCGCCGGCUUUGAGCAUCCCUGGCCAGCCAGGCGGGAGGCGCCGGAGCUGUGGCUCCGGCGGCAGCGGCUCGUCCCGCCCUCGACAUGGCCAGCAUCGGAGAGGACGCAGCCAGCGCCGGCGAUGUGCCCCCUGCAGCAGCCGCGGUGGCAGAUGGUGCCCACCUCCUGGGCUUCUCGGACGAGAUCCUCCUGCACAUCCUGAGCCACGUCCCCAGCAUAGACUUGAUCCUGAACGUCCGGCGCACCUGCCGGAAGCUCGCAGCACUGUGCCUGGACAAGAGCCUCACCCACACGGUGCUGCUGCAGAAGGACUAUGAGGCCAGCGAGGACAAGGUGAAGCAGCUGGUGACGGAGAUCGGCUGGGAGAUCCAGCAGCUCAGCAUGGCCGGCUGCUACUGGCUGUCGGGCAGCACGGUGGAGCACGUGGCCCGCUGCCGCGGCCUGGUGAAGGUGAACCUCUCGGGCUGCCACCUGACCUCCCUGCGCCUCUCCAAGGUUCUGUCGGCCCUGCAGCGCCUGCGCUCCCUGGCCAUUGACGUGAGCCCCGGCUUCGACGCCAGCCAGCUGAGCGGUGAGUGCAAGGCCACGCUGAGCCGUGUGCGGGAGCUCAAGCAGACGCUGUACACGCCCUCGUACGGCGUGGUGCCCUGCUGUACCAGCCUCGAGAAACUGCUGCUGUACUUCGAGAUCCUGGACCGCACGCGCGAGGGCGCCGUGCUCUCGGGCCAGCUCAUGGUGGGCCAGAGCAACGUGCCGCGCUAUCAGCACCUGCGCGUCUUCUACGCCCGCCUGGCCCCCGGCUACAUCAACCAGGAGGUGGUGCGCCUUUACCUGGCUGUGCUCAGCGACCGCACGCCCGAGAACCUGCACGCCUUCCUCAUCUCCGUGCCCGGCAGCUUUGCUGAGAGCGGGGCCACCAAGAACCUCCUGGAGUCCAUGGCCCGCAACGUGGCGCUGGACGCGCUGCAGCUGCCCAAGUCCUGGCUCAACGGCUCGGCCCUCCUCCAGCACAUGAAGUUCAGCAGCCCCUUCUACUUCAGCUUCAGCCGCUGUGCCCUGUCCGGCGGCCACCUGAUCCGGCGCGUCAUCGACGGCGGCAGGGACCUCCGGAGCCUGGCUGGCCUGAACCUCAGCGGCUGUGCGCACUGCCUGGCGCCCGACUCCCUGCUGCGCAAGGCAGAGGACGACAUCGAUAGUGGCAUCCUGGAGACGCUGGUGGCAGCCUGUGGCAACCUGCGACACCUCAACCUCUCGGCUGCCCACCACCACAGCCCCGAGGGCCCCGGCCGGCACCUGUGCCAGCUGCUGGCACGGCUCUGCCACCUGCGCUCCCUGUCGCUGCCCGUCUGCGCCGUCGCUGACUCGGCGCCGCGGGCCGACCGCGCGCCCGUCCAGCCUGCCACGCACGCUGUGCCCCGCGGCUUCGGCAAGAAGGUCCGCAUCGGCGUGCCGUCCGGCCCCGACCCUUUCUCCGGGCAGGCGGGCCCCCUGCCGUCCUCUGUGUUCUGGUCGCUGCUGAAGAGCGUGCCCUUCCUGGACCGCCUCGAGCUGAUUGGGUCCAACUUCUCGUCUGCCAUGCCGCGCAAUGAGCCCGCCAUCCGCAACUCGCUCCCCCCCUGCGGCCGGGCACAGAGCGUGGGGGACUCGGAGGUGGCCGCCAUCGGCCAGCUGGCCUUCCUGAGGCACCUGACGCUGGCCCAGCUGCCCAGCAUCCUGACAGGCUCCGGGCUGGUCAGCAUCGGCGUCCAGUGCCAGCAGCUCCAGUCCCUGUCCCUGGCCCACCUGGGCACGAUGGGCAAGGUGGCCUACACUUCGGCCCUCGCGGACAUGCUGAAGCACUGCAAGCGGCUGAAGGACUUCAGGCUGGAGCAGCCCUACUUCAGCGCCAACGCCCAGUUCUUCCAGGCGCUGAGCCAGUGCUCUGCGUUGCAGCGCCUGUGCCUGGUGUCCCGCAGUGGCACCCUACAGCCCGAGGCCGUGCUGGCCUUCAUGGCGCGCUGUCUGCACGUGGUCGUGUGCCACCUGUUCACCGGCGAGUCGCUCAGCACCUGCCGGAGCCUGCAGCAGUCCCUCCUCCGCAGCCUCUCCCUUCAGCAGCAGACGGCCUGGCUCUCCAUUCCCUGAGCUGUGUUUGCUGAUUUGUCCCGUCCCCCCGGUGUGCGCGUGGGGCAGCUGCUCUGCUCCUGGGGGGUGGCACCUGGGUCGCCCCAUCAAACACCGUCUUCGAAUGACCUGGGGCCGGCCUCUUCUCGUCUCCCUCAGCCUGGCCAUGUUCCUGUCUCUCACUGCCUCGGACUCCACUUUGCGUUCACCCCACAUCCUGCGUGGCUUGCUUCCUUGUUUUUCUGGUGUUCGAAGCCUUACUGAAGUCGGAGGGGCAGAGCUCUUGUGAGGGCCACCCCUCAGCCUCCUCCUGUCCCCACCCCCCCGCAUUGUCCCCACCCCCCCGUACCCAGAGACAAAUGUUCCCGGUUCUCAGUUACCCUUCCUAUGUUUCUUUUGUAGGAUUAGCAGGUACACAAAUGUUUUCCCGAUCCCCUUUCUUUUACUCAGUUUGCUUUUUCAUUUAAUAAUGUAUCUUGGAAAUCGCUCAUUCUCAGUUCAUCCAGCUGUUGCUCAUUCUUUUUACAGCCCUGCGUUAAAAAGAAAUCCUGGUAAAGUACGCAUAACAAAAUUUACCAUUUUAACUGUUUUGGUUUUUUUCCAUUUUAAGUGUUUUCACCAUUCCAAACUGAAACUCUGUCCCCAUUAAACAUUAACCCCCCCCCUCCCCCAGCCCCUGGCGCCCACCCUUCUACUUCCUGUCUCUACUCCAGGGACCUCCUAUAAGUAUAACCAUAUAGCAUUCGUCCUUUGCGUUUGGCUUUUUCUGUGUUGCUUUGACAUUUGAGAGACUUAAAAGAUAGACAUAAAGGAUCAUCAUAUAUUGAUUAAAAUAAAGCCACUUUGGCUCCCUGAACCUCCAGUAUGAGUUUACUUUUUAAAUUUUAGAAGUCCAUCCAAGUAUCCAUGAGAAGCACAGUUUUGUUUCCCUGUGUCCCAGCGUCCCUGAAUGUGUAAUGUUGCAUCUGGGUGUGCAGCCUGUGUUGUCCACCCAGCAUUGUUUUGAGAUCUGCCAUGUGUGGCUCCCGUGGAGCUAGUGUGUUCCUGCUAAGUGCUGUGUGUGGCAGCCCCCCACGCGGAUUCAUCAUGCCGUGUGUCUGUUCUGUUGAGGGAGAUCCUGGUGGUUUCCACCGUUUCUCUGCUCUAGUGAAUAUCCUCGUGCGGGCUUUCCUGGGUGCCGCUGCGCAGGUCCCUAGAAGCGGCACUGUAGGGUGUGUUCGGGAGAUUGCCCAGUUGCUUGCUCUCCAGGACGGUUCUCCUAAGCCCGGCUUCCCUGUGGGCGUGAGUGUUCUUGGCCCACGUCCUUGCUCAUGCGAGACACUGCCAGACUCUCCCGGGGCUACCGGGUGAGCGUGUCCUCCUGCCGUGUGAGCUUGUGUCGCGUCUGUUUCCAAGGAGCUUCGCUUGAUGUGCUAAUUGCCCGGUAUCGUCUCCUCGUUUGUGACCAUCUCUUCACAUCCCUUGGGGACUCUACUGUGGGGUUCCUUUCGGGAGGGGGUGGGGGACUUGGGACCAGCGAGCCUGUGCUGCGGCCGCCUGUGCUGGCGCCUGUCGUGGGCCCCUGGCCUCGAGUCCUGAGGCUGCUUCUGUCCUCCCGGCUUUCCCUGCCCACUGUGUUCACUGUUGAUUCAGGUUACAGCUGUGGGUUUAACGCCAUCCUGCACUGGCGCCCGUAUACCCUAAGCUUCCUCUUAAAUCUGCCACCUCUCCUGUGCCUUGGUCUGAGAACCUAGGCAGCAAAGCCUCUUGGUUUGUGUGCAAAAUACAGCUCCGUGGGCUUUGAGUGAUGGCUAUGGGGAAUCUCCCUGGCGACUGCCAGACGUGAACUUGACUGCUGCGUGUGCAGAAGGUUCAAAGACUUCCUGUAAAUGCAGGUCCCGCUGGGUGUUAACUGAGCGAGUUGCCAGAUACCUUUGGUCAAGUGAGUAUUUACUGUCUGUCCAGCAGGAGGUGGUGACUUGGCUUUGCCUGAGAUCUGUAGGGAAGCAGUUCAGUGAGGUGGUGUCCGCAGGGUCCACUCGGGCGGGCUCCGCCACGUUCUGUGACUUCUCUCACCUGUGUGCCUCUGCAGUGCUCUGGAGCUUCUCCUGGCCCAAGGCGGCCUCUGUGAGGGCCGCUGAUGUCAAGUGCAGAGACCCUUGGGAUUUCUGAGCCUUCCAACUCACACUGGAGAAGUCGGGGAGGGGGUGGAACUUAUGUCUCCGAAUAAUUGACUGCAGUUCCCUGAUAUCAGGUCACUUACCUCUGUCUUAGGUUGACCUCAGAUGGCUCAUCUGGAGUCAACCGUAGUGAGGGCUGAUGGCCGUGCGCCCGCUGGCCAGCUCUGCUGACGUCCUUUGAGAUGCCAAG